AUUACAAUUCAAGAAAAGGAAAAGGAAAAGGAAAAGGUAUGGCUGUUCAUUUGUGAAAUUACUGGAAAAAGGAAAGAGAAUGAGGAAAUCAAAUGGUUGGGAGAGCAGACGACGCGGCAUUGGCAUUUGGCAAUUUAUAGUAUAGCCCAGGCCUAGGGGAGGGAAUGUGUGAUGUGUUAGUCUAGGUAGGGUUAGGGUUAGGGUUAUGGUUACGGUAGAAUAUAUGGAGAACGUGAAGUUGGGAAUGCUGGACGGUUUCCUGACGAGAAACCAUCAAAAAUCCCUGAAAUCCCUUUUCAGCCGCAACAAAUCUCCCAAUGCGAAUGACAAUGGAGACGACGACCAAGACUCCCCUUCCUCUGCUGCUCUCAAUUCUCCAAAAUCCAUUCCUCAGCUCUCUCCUUUCGCUAAUUCCGUCGUCUCUCGCUGUUCCAAGAUUCUUCAAGUCCCUACUGAAGAACUACAGCAUCAUUUUGACACACAGCUACCCGAGAGUGUUAAGGAACUUUUGACUUAUGCCAGGAAUUUUUUGGAAUUUUGCUCAUACCAAGCACUCCAUAUACUGAGCAGUCGUCCAGAUUAUUUGAAUGACAAGGAGUUCCGCCACUUGACAUUUGAUAUGAUGCUUGCGUGGGAGUCGCCUAGUGUUGAGACGAAAUCCCAAGACAAAGAAACUACUUGCAGUAACCAGGAAGUAGAAGACGAAGAUGGCUGGUCAAUUUUUUAUUCUAGUUCUACGAAUAUGGCCGUGCAGGUUGAUGACAAAAAAACUGUUGGGCCAGAGGCCUUUGCACGAAUAGCUCCUGUUUGUGCUGCUGUUGCAGAUAUAAUAACAGUCCACAAUCUUUAUGAUGCCCUCACAAGUUCUUCAGGCCAUCGACUUCAUUUCCUUGUAUAUGACAAAUACAUACGAAGCCUCGACAAGGUUAUUAAGGCUUCCAAAAAUGCAUUGGCCUCGUCCAUUGAAAACCUUCAGCUUACAGAGGGAGAAAUUGUCCUUGAUGUUGAUGGUACAGUUCCCACUCAACCAGUGCUGCAACAUAUUGGCAUGUCUCUGUGGCCUGGACGGUUGACACUUACCAAUUCUGCACUGUACUUUGAAUCAUUGGGAGUUGGUUUGUAUGAAAAAGCUGUUAGGUACGAUCUGGCAACGGAUAUGAAGCAGGUCAUAAAACCUGAAUUGACUGGACCAUUGGGUGCUCGGCUUUUCGACAAAGCCAUUAUGUACAAGUCAACAUCUGUAGCAGAGCCAGUUUAUUUGGAGUUUCCUGAGUUCAAAGGCAAUUCUCGCCGGGACUAUUGGUUGGAUAUUUGUCUCGAGAUCUUGCGUGCACACAGGUUCAUUCGGAAAAAUAAUCUUAAAGAGACUAAGAAAUCAGAAGUACUGGCAAGAGCUAUUCUAGGCAUCAUCCGAUAUCGUGCAGUUAGAGAAGCCUUCCAUUUCUUUUCAUCCCAUUAUAAAACCUUGCUUGCUUUUAACCUUGCUGAAAGUCUUCCAGGUGGGGACUUGAUUUUGAAAACUUUGUCAAGUCGCUUGCUGCUUUUGAAUUCCGGUGCUGCCCAACAUGAUCUUUCUGGGAGUCCACAUGCAAAAUGGCAGCCAAAACUUUCUCCAGUUUCACUUAUAGCACUUACUCAACUUGGAUUUAUGUUACAAAAAGAUGUACAUCUUGAUGGAGAAGCAAUAAUAGUUGGAGAUGUUUGUGUUGGUGAGAUUAAUCCCUUGGAAAUGGCAGUGAAACAGUCAGUACUGGACACAGGGAGGGCUGAAGCUGCACAGGCAACUGUGGAACAAGUGAAGGUGGAUGGAAUUGAUACAAAUGUUGCAAUAAUGAAGGAACUUUUGUUUCCAGUGAUUGAAUUAGCUAGCUGUGUUCAAGUUUUGGCAUCAUGGGACUACCCUUAUAAAACAACAGCGUUUCUGAUGUUGAGCAGCUACUUUAUAUUAAGGGGUUGGAUCAGAUAUAUAUUGCCAUCAAUUUUUGUAUACGUUGCAGUUGUUAUGCUCCAGUGCAGGCACUUUAACAAAGGGAAACCUUUAGAACCAUUCAGAAUAACACCUCCCCAUAACCGAAAUGCAGUAGAGCAGCUGCUGACAUUGCAAGAAGCCAUCACUCAAGUUGAAGCAUUACUUCGAUCUGGGAAUAUUAUUCUCUUGAAGAUAAGAGCUCUCAUGUUUGCAGUUCUUCCACAGGCAACGGACAGGAUCGUUUUACUGCUGGUUUUCAUGGCAGCAGUGUUUGCAUUUGUGCCAUUGAAAUAUAUAACUCUGCUAGUAUUUCUGGAGGCUUUUACAAGGGAAAUGCCAUAUAGAAAGGAAAGCAGCGACAGGUGGGUGAGGCGAAUUAGGGAAUGGUGGAUCAGAAUACCAGCAGCUCCGGUUCAACUCAUUAAACCCGACGAUCGCAAGAAGAAGAAAUCACUUGACGAUCGCAAGAAAAAGAAAUCAUAAAACUUUGCCAACGGUACAAACAACGCUAUCAGUAGUAGGUUGUAAAUGGCCAAAUGUGGUUCUAUUUCCAGUUCAAUUCGUACCCUUGUUUAUUUUUGUACACAAUAUCCAGUUAAACUUUUCAUAGAUGGAUAGGGUUCUGCAAAUUAUGUUGUGAUA